AUGCUUGGCUGGGAUCCUGCUAUCGACCUUUCUGCUAUUUAUGACGAUCUGACCUGUCUGACGCCUGGAUGGAGCUUCCUCGAGCACCCGGAGAACCGACUAUCAGGGAUAUACAAGGCCAUGGCCCGUCGUGCUUGGUCGUCUACGUUCCGCGGUCGAGCAUUGGCCGACGCCGGCCACUGGCUACCGGGACCGUGCCUAGCGUACCUCGAGUCAGGGGCCAAGAUAUCCACUCUAGGCUUCUCUGCCUUCUAUAUCACAUCCGGGCUCCUAGGACGGGCGACAGAAACCACCAGUGUCCGCUUGGAAAACACCAAGCUCGCGGUCCGCAACGUCUACGUCCGCGAGGGAUAG